AUGGACGGCACAUUAAACUGGACAUCAAGUGACCUCGACGGUCUGGCAGAAGUCCAGGGGGACCAGAGAGUUGAUUUCAUCAGUGACAACACCAGGACCUAUUUGGACGUCGUCUUCUACGUCCUGGUUCAAGGCUCCAUCUCGCUUCUAGGCUCUGCUGGAAAUAUUCUCAACAUUCUUGUCUUUGUAAAACAGGGUUUCAAGGACACGGUCAACUGCAGUCUGAUGGCUCUGUCACUGUCUGACCUUGGAUCGCUGGUCACCUUGACCUGGAUGAGCAUUUGCUAUCUCCCAGAAUUCCGCUUCUCGGGAAUCGAGUUCGAAUCCUUGGACAUCCAGUACCUCACCGCCUGCUGGCCGCAUGGGAGUUUUGCCAGGAUCACCAGCUGUAUUACGGCCUACAUCUCAUUCGAACGAUGUCUGUGUACAGCCCUUCCCCUGAAAGUGAAGACAAUCAUUACCCCGGCACGAACAUUAAUCAUCAUGGCGUCUAUCUUUCUGCUCCAGUUUAGCGUGGUGUCUCUGGUGUUCUCUUCGGUUCGGUUAGGCCCGGUCUAUUACCUUCGCAGAAACACCACUCUGGUGGGACUUGUUUACAUUGACAACGGUCCCUAUCUAGAAAACAUGGCGUUCUCUAUCGAUAUUGGCAUCCAGAUAUUUUCUUUCGUAAUAGUUGCCAUCUGUACAAUGAUUUUAAUUCAAAGCCUAAUUAGAAACAGAAAAUGGCGGAACUCGGCGACAAAAUCUGCGGUACCUGAUUCUGUAGACAGCAAAACCGCGCGGGAGAAACGGGUCGUUGUCAUGGUCACCACCAUAUCCGGUAUAUUCAUCGCGUGCUAUACCCCAAGUGUUAUCAACUUGAUCAUCAUGUUGUGUUUCCCUGAUUACAGCAUAGUUGGUGCAUAUUCCAACACCUUUAUAUUAAUUUGGUCCCUGUUCUUGAACUUAGAAGCUAUAAAUAGCGCAGUGAAUAUUUUUAUCUACUACAACAUGAGUUCUAAAUUUAGAACGGUGUUUUCCUUGACGUUAAAAAGUUGCACAGCGACUGCCAAAUCCAAGUGA